AGUUAAUUAUCGUUUACUUCAAAACGACGUGAAGUUUUUCACUUAAAAUAAUGUCGUUUGCAAUUGUCACGCACUAUUAACAGAUUUCAAGAGGUAAAAACAGACAAAAACAGAGAAAUGGCUCUGCUGAAUUCAGCUUCUUUGUUGGGCAUCCCCACUAAACUCCCCACCUUCUUCACCACCCCUAAAGAUAAAUGGAACAUUUGCAGAUUGAUUUCUCCUCAAACUCGUUCAUUUCUCACUAGUUGUAGUGUUAAGACAACCCUUUUGGGUGAAGACUCUGGCGCUGUAAUGGGUCCUCAUACGACGUCGUUUUCGGGGUCGUACGGGCAAUCCAAGAGGGUGUGGAUAUGGACUGAGAACAAGGAGGUUAUGACGGCCGCCGUGGAGAGAGGAUGGAACACUUUUCUCUUUUCUUCUCAAAGUCGAGAACUUGCCGAUGAGUGGUCUUCAAUUGCAGUUAUAUCUCCUCUAUAUAUUGAAGAGGGAGGGGUUUUUGAUAAGGAGAAGAGAAGAGUUGGAUCUGUAUUUAAGAUUUCUAAUCCAGGAGAGUUGGAACUACUUCAACCUGAAAAUGGGUUGGCAAAGAAUGUUGUUGUUGAUUUACUAGAUUGGCAGGUAAUUCCUGCAGAGAAUAUUGUUGCAGCAUUUCAAGGAAGUGAAAAAACAGUCUUUGCAAUCUCAAAAACAUUUUCUGAAGCACAACUCUUCCUUGAGGCCCUCGAGCACGGAUUGGGUGGAGUUAUUCUCAAAGUUGAGGAUACAAAACCUGUUUUUGAGCUAAAGGAAUAUCUUGACAGAAGAAAUGACUUGAACAACGUAUUGAGCUUGACCAAGGCAACUGUAACCCGAGUUGAAGCAGCAGGAAUGGGAGAUCGAGUUUGUGUUGAUCUGUGUACCAUCAUGAGGCCCGGUGAAGGACUCCUCGUUGGAUCAUUUGCUAGAGGGCUGUUCCUUGUUCACUCAGAAUGCUUGGAGUCAAAUUACAUUGCCAGCAGACCAUUUCGAGUCAAUGCGGGACCAGUACAUGCCUAUGUUGCUAUUCCGGGCGAAAAAACAUGUUACCUUUCAGAACUAAAAUCAGGGAAAGAAGUAAUUGUGGUUGACCAGAAGGGCCAGCAACGAAAUGCAAUUGUUGGAAGAGUAAAAAUCGAAACCAGACAACUAAUUCUUGUGGAAGCAAAGCAAGAUUCAGUUGCUCAAACUCAUUACAGCAUCCUUCUGCAGAAUGCAGAGACAGUUGCCUUAGUUUCUUCGUGCCAAGCAGGAAAUGAGGUGGCAAAGGCUAUUCCAGUGAGCUCACUAAAAGUUGGAGAUGAAGUUGUUUUGAGAGUACAGGGUGGGGCUCGACACACUGGAAUAGAAAUUGAAGAAUUUAUUGUCGAAAAUUAGGAAAGACAUAUGGCUUCUUAAGUGAAAUUUGAAUAAGUUUCAAUUAGUUGCACCAGAGAAAAGAAGAAAUUUCAUUGGAAGGAAGUAUUUCCUUAUUUUUUUUAUUUCUUUUUCAUUCUUUGUCCAAUGAAGUGUUAAAAUGGUAGUGUAUAGCUAUAUUUUAACACACUUAUUACUCCAAUAAUGUUAUAAAAAAUGUGCUAAAUUUAAGUCAGACUAAAA